AUGAAAGCCACCAUCUUAGCGACUAUCGCUUUGGCGGCAUGCAGUGCCGCCAGCCCCUUGGGCAGCGCUCCCCACGCCCGAGGCCUCCUUGGAGAUUCAUCCAAGCCCUGCGACUGUGAAUCGGAUCAUGAUGGCAGCUCGCCUGAGGUACCAUCUGGGCCUGGUUCGGAGGGCCCUGCUCCCGUUCCGAUGCCGGUUCCAGUUCCUGUUCCUGGUGGAGAGCCAAACGGUCCUGGCGGAGUCCCAACCGUUCCUGGCCUUCCUGGUAUUCCUGGUGUUCCUGGUGUUCCUGGUGUUCCUGGUGUUCCUGGACACCCCAACCACCCUGAAGACCCAGAGGAUCCCGAAGAUCCUGAAGAUCCUGAAGACCCGGAGGAUCCUGAAGACCCAGAAGACCCAGAAGACCCUGAGGGACCUUCCAAGGGUGGCUGUGACGACGACGGCUGCCACGGAACUGGACACCUCAUACAGGAUCUGGGCCCGCAAGCCAACGACAUCCUGACCAUUGUUGGUGAACACACCGAGGAGCUCUUGCUCAAGCUCAGCCCCGGUGUUGCUGGGCUUCUGACCGGACUCGGCCUCCCUGGCUUGGGCCAACCCGUCGGUCACAUCAUCAAGAGCGCUGCCACCAUUGGCGAACUCAUCGCGGACUUGGGUGACUCCGUCGAAUGCCUCUUGACCGUCAUUGGACAGGACGGUGGAUUCCUGUUGAUUGAACUUGAGCCGUCCAUUGCUGGACUCCUCACUGGACUCGGACUGCCUAGUAUCGCUCAACCCGUCGGCAGCAUUGUCGGCACUGUCGGCAAGCACCUCAAGCGUGACGAUGGACUCCUCGAAGACCUUGCUCCAGUUGUGAACUGCGCUCUUAAAGUCGUUGGAGAGGACUCCAAGAUUCUCCUCAUUGCAUUGAGCAAGUCCGUUGCUGAGCUGCUCAUUGGUUUGGGUCUCGGCCAGCUUGCCGAGCCUGUCGGCACUGUCAUCCAGUCCGCUGCGACCGUUGGCGAUCUCGUCUAUGACUUGGGUGACCCCGUGGAGUGCAUCCUGACCAUCAUCGGUGAAGACGGAGGUGCUCUCCUGGUUCAGCUUUCUCCUUCUAUUGCAGGCCUCCUUGUCGGACUCGGAUUGCCCGGUGUUGGUAUUCCCGUUGGCCAGGUGGUGAAGACUCUUGGCGAGGCUUUGUAG